UCUCGAGACAGCCCUAAAUGACAAGCGCUAUAAAAAUAUACUGUUAUUUUCCUACAUCUCCAGUAUAUGUUGUAUAUGUUGAGCAAACAGUAGUAUCGGAUUGUUUCUUAAUAUUACACGUAGUUGCGUGAGAAGUUAUAAUAAUGACAUUAAAUGUGACAGAAGCGGAAAAUGUGGAUAAUGUGCCUAAAAAAGGGAAGACUUAUGUCCAAGUGUUGGUGGCUAUUGUAGCGAACACCACAAUCCUGACAUAUGGAUUUCAAGCGGGAUGGGUGUCACCGAUGACAAAAGUUUUACAAUCAGAGAACUCCCCUUCGGGCUAUCCGUUGACAGAUUAUGAAAUAUCAUGGAUAGCCAGUGCCAUCUGUUUGGCGGCCAUGUUUGGAGUCUCUCUAUUCACUUACAUUGUAGACAAAUAUGGAAGAAGAGUUGCAGUACUACUCACAGCUGCGUUACAAGCGGUGUCAUGGAUAUUGAAACUAUCUUCAGCACAUAUAGGAGUUUUAAUCACAGCCAGACUCCUUGCUGGACUUGGUGCCGGCGGUUGUUACAACGUAGUACCAAUGUACGUCAGGGAAAUAAGCCAGGAUGACAUAAGAGGGGUGCUCGGAUCCUUCAUAAUUCUGUUUCAAAAUAUUGGUAUCAUGGCAAUGUUUGCAAUGGGAGCGUACUUGAAUUACUACACUGUGUUGUGGAUCGUGGUUUGGGUACCAGUUUUAACUAUACUCCUGAUGUUGAAGGCACCUGAAUCACCAGCCUUCUUAGUGAAAAAGGGAAAGAGUGAUGAAGCUGCCAAAACAAUAGCGUUUCUAAGACGAUUGGAUGUCAAUGACAAAACAAUACAGUCAGAAAUUGAGUUCAUGAAAAAUGAAGAAGCAACUUAUGACUCGCUGCCGAAGAUUUCUUUCAAAAGUAUAUAUCAAAACAAAGCAUGGUGGCGUGGCUGUAUGCUAAACAUAAUAUUGAUGACAAUAAGAUCGAAUAGCGGUAACAUGGCCACUUUGAAUUAUGCGCCGGCCAUUAUGAAAUCAGCCGGCGUCACGUGGAACCCAGAGCUACAGACGCUGAGUUUCCCCGCAGUUAUGAUCCUUGCCUCGUUUAUCUCAAUGAGUUGUGUGGAAAAGUUCGGUCGGAAGCCCCUCAUCAUCAUAGCGUUUGCAGUGGCAGUCGUGUCACAUAUAAUCCUGGCUACCACAAUGUUGGUUCAGCACCAAGGUAGUUCUACACCAGGGUGGUUACCCGUGGUCGCCAUAAUUACAUUCUUCGCCGUCUACGCUGGCGGGAUUUCUCCAAUGCCGUACAUUAUUAUGACCGAGAUGUUUAAUUUCCAAAUACGAGCAAAGGUAAUGGGUGGUCUGGUCACACAUGCGUGGUUCAUGUCGUUCGUCGAGCUACUCUCCUUCACAGCCAUUGCAGAUUACUUGGGAACAUACUCUGUGGUCUACAUCUAUGCUGGACUCAACCUAGUUGGAGUUAUCGUCGGUUUUAUAUUCUUGCCAGAGACCAAAGGAAAGACAUCUGAACAAAUUGAAAAUGAUUUAGUAAAGAAAAAGUGAUAUUUUUUUUAAAGUUUUAUUGUAGAAAAAUGUUGGUCUUCUUUGAGUUAAGAAGAUAUUUGUGAAUAACUUACAUUUAAGUUUAGCUUUUAAAAGGAGUCAUAAUAUGACUCUUUUACGAUACUUAUCUGAAUACUAUUAUAUUAUUACGAAGUUGAAUUUUGUUUUAUGGAAUAGGUGGCAUACGAGCAAACGAGUCACCUGAUGGUAAGCGAUCAGCGCCGCCCAUGGAUUUUUUUUUAAAGAAUUUGAACAUUAUUUAAGAUCAAUUCUCGAAAAUGUCACCUAAGUUUAUAAUUUCUCGAUCAACAUUACGUAUAUUAUACAGUUUUAAUGUUAUAUAUACAUGGAUAUUAUACACAGUUGUAUAACAGGUAUAAUAUUUCUAAAAUUUCUCAGUUUUCUCUGUUUGAUAGUUCUGUGAUCUUUGAUAAAUCUUCAUAAAAGUACAUAUACAAAGAAAUAUUUUUAUAUGAAAAUAGUACAAAAAUUCCAACGUAAUAUUUAUUUGCUAACACCUUUUAUAAGUGUAGCAUAAAAUUCAAGUCUUAGUUGUUUCUUUGUAAAACACUUUAGACUCUAGAUAAUAGCAGACUAUUACAAAGCGAGGUUUAAGUGGUACGUAGUAUUUCAAAGGAUUCUUGAUUUUAUAUUGUAAAAUGAAAUAUUUCAAUAUUAAUAUUAUGUUUAAAGUAUUUCAUUAAAAGAAUAACUUCAAAAGGCAACGACGUAGGAUAUUAAAUAUUUUAUUGAUUUUAGCGUUUUCCAGUAGCAAAUGUAUAUUAAUGUAUGUGACUUAGUAGUCUUACUGCGCUUACUUAAGUAUGCAUCUCAGGUACACAUAUACCAACAAUUUCGACAAUCGACUGCAGGGUUGGCGCGGUGGCUGGGCAACUGGCUGUCUUGCAACGUGUUGCGGGUUUGAUUCCCGCACGAAGCAAUUCUUUGUUUGGUCCUCAAAUUGUUGUUUCGGGUCUGGGUGUCAUGUGUAUGUGAACUUGUAUGUUUGUUAACGUACCCACGACACAGGAGAAAAUCCUAGCGUGGGGCAAAGUAAAAAAAAACCGAAAUGAACAUUGUGGGUAAAACAUCGUUUGACUUCUCAUCUUUUUAUUACAGGAUCGUUUCUAUUUUAUAUAUAUUUAAUAUCCUAUCUCCAUGUCCUAUCUCUUUUAAAGUUCACAAAUUAUAUGCUAAAAUAUUAGUAUCCCUCUAAUAUUAUAAAUGCGAAAGUUUGUGAGUAAGGAUGUUUGUUACUUUUCACACAAAAACUACAGAAGGGAUCGGCAUGAAAUUUUGUAAUAGGGAUAUAAUAUAAUGGUCUGGAAUAUCAGACAAGCUACUUUUUAUCCGACGGGAACCCAGGCGAAGCCGCUGAAAGAAGCUAGUAGUACUAAUAAUACUAUUGUACUUAAAAUAUUAAGGCUUUACAAUUUCAUUUUUAUUUGUUAAGUACAUGAACUGAUGUUUUUGUUUAAGUAGAAAAAGAAGAAAUUGUAUUUUUUUAUUAAAUUAUGAUCUAUUUA